CAACCAUUGCCAGAUGCUCACAAUGACGCCCGUUUUAUCGGUAUCUGGAAUGCCAUCAUUGUCGCAGUUGAUCACAUGAGAGGCAAGUAUCUUCUCAACACCGCACAUUCGAACCGCCGCAUGAGCGUGGCAAGGCCGCCAGUACAAACUGUCGAGAGGUGUUAUGGCCCGCUACGAUGUGACGGGAGCCGUUUCUCCUGA